AUGAAGGCCGCAACCAUUUCCUCCCUUUUUUUUGCAGUCACCGGUGCCCUCGCUGUGCCUACCAAGCGGGCCGGCCAAGCUGUCACCAUCACUGGUCUUAGGGCCACUAUCUCCGACCAGGAGGGCACCGUCCAGUUCUCUCUAUGGGAUCCAAACUACUCCGACAGCACUAGCGCAAGCCUGACUUGGGAUCGUCCCGGACAGCCACCCGCCGAUACCUGGUCAGCCGAUCACAACUAUGUUGUUGAGUUCCCCAACGGUGUGAACUAUGCGAAGCCGGAGUGGUUGAGCUUUCGUAUCAAGCGUACAGGGGGUGGAGAAAUUAUUGAGGUGGCUUUGGGUUCUAAUGCUGAUGCUUCCCAGUGGGGAUGUCAUAAGGAAGAGGGAAUGCAGGUGUGCAUUUUUACCGGUGAUCUCAUCGUCACCCCUUACUCUUCUUAG